AUGAAGCUGGCAUUAGCGAUAUUACUGUGUGUGGGCGCGGCCGUAAGAGUGGGAGCGCAGGAUGGCUCCUAUAUGCUGGAUUCACGAGGCGUGGAGGUGGAGCAGGGACUCCAGCCUUCCCCAGAACUCUUCCAGAACCACCAGGCCUUCUCCCAAGCCUUCAAAGAACGCUCUGAAGAGAUGGCCCUGCAAUACAGUCUUGGCCAAGUCGAAUACAACGAUCCAAACCCGGAGUACGCUUGGGCUUACGAGGUCGACGCCAAAUCCACCGGGGACAUGAAGUCUGCCCGAGAGGAACGUCGAGGUGACGUGGUGGUGGGUCAGUACUCGGUCAUGGACCCCGACGGGUCUCUGCGCGUGGUCGACUACUCGGUGGCUCCCGGCACAGGCUUCCAGGCCACCGUCCGCAAGGAGUACACGGGCGAGGCUUUCCAGGGACAGGAGCAGAGACUGCAGGCUCAGGCCAAGCAGUACAGUGCUAUCCAACAGGGAACCAACUACCAACAGAAUCGCAACCAGUACCAGCAGAACCGUGGCCAGUACUCCCAGAACUACAAUGAGUACCAACAGAAUCGCAACCAGUACCAGCAGAACCGUGGCCAGUACUCCCAGAACUACAAUGAGUACCAACAGAAUCGCAACCAGUACCAGCAGAACCGUGGCCAGUACUCCCAGAACCGCAACCAAGACCAGCAGAACCGUGGCCAAUACUCCCAGAAUUAUAGUCAAAACCAACAGAACCGUAACCAGUACCAAUACUCACAAAAUCGCAACCAGAAUCUGGAAAACAGGAGACAAUAUUCUCAGAACAGCAAUCAGUAUCAACAAAACCGUAAUCAGUACUCCCAGUACAGCAACGAUUACCAACAGAACCGCUAUCAGAACCAGCAGAACAACGAAUAUCAGCUAAACCCUAUUCAGUAUUCUCGGAACCUCAACGAGUACCAACAGGACCGCAAUCAGUACCAGAAGAAUAGUUAUCAAUUUUCACAGAACCGUAAUCAAUACUCCCAGAAUUUAAAUGAAUACCAGAACCGCAAUCAAUACCAACAGAAACGCAACCAAACCAGUACAGCAACCAGUACAACAACCGCGUCUACAACCAGUACAGCGUUACUCUCCCGUCAGCGUGGUUCUCGCUUCCUCAAGGAACUAACACGUGAGCCGAAUUGCCAACGGACUUCCUAG